UCUCCAUUUAGUUUGCCUGCACUGCAGUAGUUCAUAACAAAAACGAAUUUUCCCAGACUGAUACAUAAAUAGUUUUAUUACUUGACACAACACUAGACACCAUUCGUACGGUUAGCUGUGUGAGUGUAGUAAUGAAAUGUUUAGUGAUCUGAAGGUGUCUAUUUAUGCUAGUGGAAUAUUAUUAUUUUAUUUGACAAACAAUUUAAAAACUAUUUUAUAUUUGUGAUUUAAAAUAAUUAAUUAAAGUUAUUUUGGCUAAAAUGGCAAAAAGGGUGACUUUAGAUGUGGAUUCAUCAAUCAUCGAAAAAAAUUUGUUAUUUACGGAACAAGAUAGUUGCGAAUUAGAUUCACUUUUUCCAAAGCAAGAAGAAAAUGCAAUUUUAACUAAACCUUUGCCUGUUCCCAUCAAAAUGAGUGACGAAGUAAAUUUACAAUUAAACGAAAAUAAAAAUGAUUCCGCAGAAAACAACUCAACAAAUUUAAAUACAAACAAUGAUAAUAGUACAAUUGAAAAUUUAGAAUUAAAAAAUACUAGUAUUGAUAAAAAAGUUAAUGAUGAUAAUACUAACAAUGAUAACAAUAGUGAUAAAACUGAUUCAAACGAACAAAUAUUGAAUAAAAUUGAAAAAAAUGUUGAUAACACUGAAACAACAACACCUUCUGAUUCAACGGGACCUGAACCUGACAAUCAUGUGGAAACUUCAGUUAAGGAAGAUAAUGUAAAAACUCUAGUAAAGGAAGAUAAUAUGAAAACUCCAGCUAAGGAAGAUAAUGUAAAAACUCCAUCUAAAGAGGAUGAUAUAAAAACAGGGGACGAAGAGAAGAAAGAAAGUCCUUCUAUCCAAGAUAAAGAAACAAUGAGUAGCUCUCAAAAUGAUGAGACGCAUGAUGAAAUCGACAUAACAUUAGAAUACGACGAUGUUGAUCACUUACUCACUGAUGAAGUUACGGAAGAAAAAACUAAAAAAACCGAUGCGAGUAAAGAUGAAGAAAAAAAUGUGUCUGCCAAAAAUAGCGAGGAAACAGUUAAAACUAGCGAGCCGAACGAAAGUACUGAUAAACCAAAUCAUGCAACGUCGGGGAGAUGUUUGUGGGUCAGUGGAUUAUCUCACACAACUCGUGCUAAUGACUUAAAGCAACAUUUUGUUAGUCAAGGGCGAGUUAUUGGUGCAAAAGUUGUAUCAAAUUCAAGAUCACCGGGUGCUCGUUGUUAUGGUUAUAUUGUAAUGUCGACUCCUGAAGAAGCUGAAGCUUGUGUGAAAAAUUUACAUCAUAGUAAGCUAUUGAAUCGAUUUAUCUCUGUACAAAAAGCGAAAUCUGAUAAACAGAGUGAUAAUACUGGUGAACCUAGGGAUAGUCCUAAUAAAAAUGUGGAUUCGAGCAAAUCCAAAAAACAUGAAGAUGAAAAAAUGGAAGCAGGAGACAUGGCAACUAAUGAUGAACUAGUUAAAUCAGAGAGUAGUACAAGUAUUGAUAAAAAGAAAGAUUCUAAAGAUGAUGCUUCCCCCAAACGAUCACGUAAAGAUACUGAAUCAUCGGAUAAAAAGCAUUCAAAAGAUUUAGCUAAACGACGUCGAGAAUCUAAAGAACGGCAUACAAAAAAAGAUAAUCGGGAUAAAAAGCUUGACAAAUAUCAAAAACUUCGCGAAGAAAGGGAAAGGCAGCGCCGAAUUGAGGAAGGGUGGCGUAUACGAGAUGCACAAAGACGUCAACGUGAAGAGGCUGCUCGUUUAGAUCGUGAACGACAAGCUUUGCGUAUGGAAAGAGAACGUUUACAACGUGAAAAAAUGGAACUACUACGCCUCGAGAAAAAAGAAUUAGAAAAAGAACGCGAAGAAUUAAAACGUCAAAAAGCAAAAAUUGAGGAAGCUACUCGUAAAAAACAUGAAUCGAUUCGCUCUGAACGUUCUAAAAAGCGACGAGAACGAUCAAGAUCUAGAUCCCCACCAAGUAGAAGAUCACGAUCGCCUGAUUUAUCAAUUAAAAUAUCUAAAAAACGUGAAAUGGAAAAGUAUAAAGAUCCUGAACGACAUUUUGGAUUAAUUGACAAACAUAAAGACUUAAAGUAUAAAGAAUCAUCCUUAAAAGAUUCAUAUCGGGGUGGUUUCAAAGAUCGACAUGACUUUGAAUAUAAUCGUACAAUGGAUCCAAAGUACGAUCGUUAUCCGCCUGAGAAGAAAGAUAGUAUAUAUAAACCUCGCGAUAUUGACCUAAAAACUGAUGAUUUUAUUAAGAAUCCAGGUUUUUCAAAUAAACGUAAUGAUGAUAUUGGCUUUGAACCACCCCCGCCGCGUAUUUCCACUAGUGACGCAAAUCAUUUUAAUGUGUUACCAAUGUCUCAAUCGGCACCAUAUGGAGGCACUUCAGGUCAUAAUCGUAUGUUACGAGAUGAUUUCCAUAACAAAGAUAUGUUUGUAUCUCCUAUAAAUAGUUCAAGAAGUGUGGACCGAGUAAGCGAUAGGUUUCCAAUUGAACGUCAUGAACGCUUGUCAAAUGAAAAUAUGGACAUGAAUCAUCGUUCACGGGGAUAUUUACCUGAAAUGGAUAUGUUUCCUAAACAAGAUACUUCACGUAUGGUACCCCCAGUACGACAAGAUCGUUUAGAUAGAGACAAUAUUCGUGUAAAUCGAGAUGACCGGCAUAUGGAUCCAUUACCAAUCCGUUCAAAUCCUGGUCGGUAUCCAAUGGAACAUGAACGAGAUUUUCAUCAUCGUGAUCAAUGGUAUUUGGAUAGAAUGGGUCCGUCAAAACGUAUAAUACCACCUGCUUUACCUGCCCGUGGUGAUGGGAUGAUGAAUCGUGCAUCUUGGGAAACUGCUCGAUAUGAUCAAAGUAUUCGACCACCUGGAGUGUAUUCAAGUAGUAAAAUUGAUCGUCAUUAAAUUUUUUUAAUUUAGGAUGGAUAACAGUUACAAAUCAUCCAUUUUCGUAUUUUAUUAACGGUUUAAAAUAUAUUUUAUGAUUUGGGUUACUUAUUUAUUUCCCAAAAAAUUUGAUUAUUAAAAAUUGGGACCUUUUUUUAAAACUAAAUGAAUGUUAGAUAUUGAAAGUGAAAGCAUAGCAGAGUUAGUAAAUAAAAGUAAAAGUUAAUAAUCAUUGACUGUGGUACUGUUCCAUCAAUUUAUUCGCUUCAUAAUUAACAAAAACUCAUUCGUGUGUUAAAUUUAACGGCCUGUUUACUCACAUGCCAGCGAGAUAAGUUAUUCCUCUCACGCGAACAUAAUGUGUUAAGUUAAUAGUUGUCAAAUGUCGCGGUUCCCAAGAUCUUAGAGUUGAUUUAAAAACAAUUUAAUAAAGGUUAAAAAUGAGAGUAUUAAAUAUUUUUCAGUUUUUUAAACAUGAGUUUGUAGCUCAGAAAAUACGCGCUUUGCAUGCAAGUAUUUGGAUUUGGAACGAUAUAUUAUAUUAAUUAAAUAAAUU